AUGGUUAAAGGAAAAGAGAAAGAAAAGGUUGAAGGUGAUGGCUCCGCUCGUGAGAGGACCAUCACUUGGGAUGAUGAUCAAACCAAGUUUAUGUUUGGUUGGUUCAUUGAGUUCAUAAAGGAUCAACAUGCUGGUUUCAAGCUUAAAAAACAGCACCACUUCAAGUGUGCAGAAGCAUUGAAUAGACAAUUCAAUAUAGGGGUAAGUGCUACCCAAGUUGAGAGACAUCUGAGACACUACAAGGAAAAUUGGAAAUUUGUUGCAUUAGCCUUAGCUAAGAGUGGUAACACUUUUGAUGCAACAAGGUCUAUGGUAAUUAUCUCUGAAUUAGACAAGGCAAAUUUACAGGUUAGAGUAAGAAGGCUCCUUUCUAAGCCUAUCAAAUUCUACAAUGAAAUGCAAGAAUUGUUCCGUAACAGCAAUGCAGACGGUUCUCUUGCUAUGGAUGCCGCUAAUUGCAUGAAUGACACACAAGAUGAUGAAGACAAUGACUUGAAUGAUGACAUAUGCAAUGACUUUUCAAAUUAUGCUCAACCUCAAGAUGAUCUAGGUGAUGAUUCUGACACUUUGCCUUCUCCUACAAAUGAGCAAACUAGCUUUUUAUCCCAAACUGCCGAUGGUAGUUCAUCUAGCUCUGGAAUGAAGCGUCCUAGAGCUGAGGGUAAACUAGCCAAGAGAGAUGUGAGACCGAAAAGUCGGUUGUCAAAAAUAGGGGAUACGAUUGCAACUACUUUGGUGACCCUUCAACAAAAACUCAAGAAGCCGGCACCGGCUCCACCACAUAUGCCUAAUUCUGAUGCUAUCUUGUGGCAAAGGCUUGAAAAUAUGACAUUAACUACCGAUCAAAAGCUGAUGGUGGGAACUUUUCUAGCACAUAAGGAUCAAAAGGGUAUGCGUGGUUUUCUAUCCGGUUCAGCUUAG